UUCCUUCUUUUCUCUCUCUCUCUAAAAAUCAAAUCUCCUUCUUCAUCAAGUUGUGAAAGUACAGUGGGUCUGUCUCUCUGUGAUUGAGAGAGAGAUAAAGAAGAUAAAAGAAGAGGAGAAGAGAAUUCUUCCUCCUUAUUCUUCUCUCCAUCUUCCAUCUCAUUAAUGAUGAACCUCUGACAAACAAAAAUUCAAUUCCAUUAUCGGAUCUUGAAAAUUUAUUUAUAGUUUAGGGUUUUGAUUGAUUAGUGUAUAAGCAAUGUCAACACCAUCACCAACAUCACCACCAUCAACAAACUCAACAGCACCACCACCAACAACAGCACCACCACCAACUGCAACACCAGUGGUUCCUCCACCAACGACACCAGUGGUUCCACCUCCAACGACAACACCGGCGGUUCCUCCACCAACAACACCGGUUGCACCACCACCAACGACGACUCCAUCUGUACCACCACCAACGUCAACUCCAACCACUCCAUCUACGCCGUCUGAAUCUCCACCAGCACCUACAACUCCUUCAACUCCAUCUGGAACGCCGCCUAGCUCUUCCCCUUCUCCGCCGUCUCCACCAUCGCCGCCGUCACCGUCUGGUACAACUCCGACUCCUAAAACUCCUGGGACUAGAGCUUCUCCUCCACCUCCGGCUGUUGGUAGAUCUCCACCACGAACGCCGUCAAACACACCAAACACACCGUCUCCGCCAGAUUCCGGAGGAGGAGGAAUAUCGACUAGUCUUGUUGUUGGAGUUGCGAUUGGUGGUGUAGCUGUUCUGGUUGUUUUGACUUUGUUGUUUAUUUGUUGUAAGAAAAAGAAGAAAAGAGAUCAAUAUCCUGUUGAUUACUAUGGAGGACCUCCUCCACCUAAAGAAGGCUAUGGUGGACAACCACAACAGUGGUCGUACAAUGUUCCUCCUCCGCCACCAGCUGAUCAUAUUGUUAAUAUGCCACCAAAGCUCAAUCCUCCACCAGGACGACAGCAGUCACUAAGCAGUAUGGGUUCAGUACAUCCGCCUCCACCACCACCAUUUAUAAGCAGUGGAGAUUCUGGUUCUAAUUACUCGGAGUAUGAAAGUCCGCAUCCACCGCCGCCGCCAAUGGCUUUGGGUUUUUCAAAGAGUACAUUUACAUACGAAGAGUUAGUUAGGGCCACAGAUGGUUUCUCUGAUUAUAAUCUUUUGGGUCAAGGGGGUUUUGGGUAUGUACAUAAAGGAAUACUACCUAAUGGGAAAGAAGUAGCAGUUAAACAUCUUAAACUAGGAAGUGGGCAGGGAGAGCGUGAGUUUCAGGCUGAAGUUGAAAUUAUUAGCCGUGUACAUCAUAAGCACCUUGUUUCAUUGGUUGGUUACUGCAGCACCGGGUCUCAAAGAAUGCUUGUUUAUGAGUUUGUUCCAAACAGCACCAUGGAGUUCCAUUUACAUGGAAAGGGACGACCGACAAUGGACUGGGCCACUAGACUUAGAAUUGCUCUUGGCUCUGCAAAAGGACUUGCGUAUCUACAUGAAGAUUGUCAUCCUAAAAUCAUUCAUCGUGACAUUAAAGCAGCUAACAUUCUUCUUGAUGCCAAAUUUGAAGCCAAGGUUGCAGAUUUUGGGCUUGCAAAGUUCUCUUCUGAUACCAAUACCCACGUUUCAACCAGGGUAAUGGGAACAUUCGGGUAUCUAGCUCCAGAAUAUGCAGCAAGUGGUAAACUCUCAGAAAAGUCAGAUGUCUUCUCUUUCGGGGUCAUGCUUCUAGAAUUGAUUACUGGACGACGACCUGUGGAUGCUAACAACUCUUUCACAGAGGAUAGCUUGGUAGAUUGGGCAAGGCCCAUCCUUCAACGAGCUUUGGAGGAUGACAGCGACGAAGCUUAUGAUAUUCUCGUGGAUCAGCAUCUGCAAAGUUACAACCACAAUGAGAUGAAGCGCAUGGUAGCUUGUGCUGCUGCAGCUGUGCGCCAUUCUGCUCGACGUCGGCCUCAAAUGAGCCAGAUAGUCCGAGCUUUGGAAGGAGAUGCGUCUGUCUCUGAUCUGAACGAAGGCAUGAAACCUGGACAUAGAUCGACCUAUAGUUCCCAUGAAAGCUCCGACUACGACACCUUCCAGUACAACGAAGACAUGAAGAAAUUUAGGAAAAUGGCACUAAACAGCACAGAGUAUACUAGCACAGAGUAUAGUGCUCCACCUACAAGUGAGUAUGGUCUCAACCCAUCUGGAUCAAGUAGCGAAGGCCAGCAAACUGGAGAAAUGUCAAGGCGGACAACGAAAAAAGACAGUCAAGGAUUUUAGUGGAAACUCAUAAAAUAACUGACAUCAUUACCUUUAUGUAUGACCUGCAAACUCGAGAAAAUGUCAAAGCAACUUGUGUUUCCGACUACGUUAACCUAUACAGAUUUUUUUUUUCUCCUUCAAUUUUUUUUCCCCUACAUUGUAUCUAUUUGUUAGUGAUUGUAAAACAAAAUAAUGCAGAAUCAAUUCAAUUCUUUUGGUUGUAAGGCUGUUUCA